AUGCUGCUCGACCGCGACGACUACGACGCAAAGUGCGCCACCAUGAGCGUGAACCAGCUCCAGCGAGAGUGGGAGUCUUGCACCCGCUCGAUAUACGGCAACGCCACGACAAUCGCCGUGGCCGGCAUCAGCUUGAUCCCAACGGUGGGCGUCAGCGCCCUCGCCAUUGUCAUCGCGGGUGUGCCCGUACAUAAUGCCCGUAAGAAGUGCGAGAUCCUCGACAAGCACUUUGCGCGGCUCGGCGUCUCGCACAAGACUCGCAUGCGAGACAUGCUUACCGGUAUGGCCACGGCUGGCCUUGUCUAG